AUGGAUUCACUUAAAUUGCCUACUACAGCGGCACGAGCCAAGGCUUUUACAGCUAAGGGGUCACUGGCUUACCCAAUGAGCCAGACUGACAUGAAGCAAGAACAGCUCCCUGUUUCUGCAAAACAAGAAAAAAUAGAAUUGCCCACAACUUCUUCUGCAGUGAACCUACCGGAUACAAAGCCAACUAAUGACACAAACAUAACUGAGGAACAGGCAGAGUCUGGUGAUGCUGCUGCUUCAGGAAUCGUUCCCACAUUACAGAAUAUAGUUGCAACGGUGAAUCUGGACUGCCGUUUGGAAUUAAAGACUAUCGCUUUGCAUGCUCGUAACGCAGAAUACAAUCCAAAGCGUUUUGCAGCCGUUAUCAUGAGGAUUAGAGAGCCAAAGACGACGGCUCUUAUCUUCGCUUCGGGAAAGAUGGUUGUGACGGGUGCAAAAUCAGAGGAUGACUCAAAAUUGGCAGCCAGAAAGUAUGCAAGAAUUAUUCAGAAGUUGGGAUUUAACGCCAAGUUCACGGAUUUCAAGAUUCAGAAUAUUGUUGGUUCGUGCGAUGUCAAGUUCCCUAUUAGACUUGAAGGUUUGGCAUACGCACAUGGAACUUUCAGUUCUUACGAGCCGGAACUUUUCCCUGGUUUAAUUUACCGUAUGGUGAAGCCAAAAAUUGUCCUUUUGAUCUUUGUUUCUGGAAAGAUUGUUCUUACUGGUGCAAAGCAGAGAGAGGAGAUUUAUAAAGCAUUCGAAGCUAUAUAUCCAGUGUUGAGCGAGUUUAGGAAGAAAUAA